UGUGGUUACAGCAAUACCAGAAAGGAGUCCUUGUGCUUCUGCAAAGCGGCAGUGUGCAAAGCAAUAGCUGUUCGGGUAGAAGCAAGGCCCGUUUGUCAAAGCCCAUAAUUGGUCUAAUAGUUGGAGGAAUUGCAGCUCUGCUGACAUGCAUCCUUAUUGUCUCUUUGAGACGAAAAUUGUCAUUGAUUCUGUCAGCGGAGUUUUGGAAGAUGACAAACAAUGAUCAGCGCAUAGAAUCCUUCAUCAGAAAUAAUGGACCUCUAACAAUAAAAAGAUUUACAUUUUCAGAAAUCAAGAAAAUGACCAACUCUUUUGAAGUCAAAUUGGGAGAAGGAGGUUAUGGUAGAGUAUACAAAGGGAUUACAAUAAAAAAUUGCCCAGUGGCCGUGAAGGUAUUGAAUGCAUCCAAAGGGAAUGGUGAAGAAUUUAUCAAUGAGGUUGUCAGCAUUAGUAGGACUUCACAUGUAAAUAUUGUCACUCUCCUUGGUUUUUGUCUUGAAGGUGGCAAAAAAGCACUUGUGUAUGAACUCAUGCCAAAUGGUUCGCUUGAAAAGUUCAUAUACAACAGGAAAUUGGAGACAAAUCCACCCUUGAGUUGGGAAAAAUUACUCCAAAUUGCUGGAGGGAUAGCUAGAGGGCUAGAAUACUUGCAUAGAGGUUGCAAUGCUCGAAUCUUGCAUUUUGACAUAAAACCAAACAAUAUCCUUUUAGAUGAAAAUUUUUGCCCAAAAAUAUCAGAUUUUGGAUUAGCUAAGCUUUGCUCAAAAACUCACAGUAAAGUGUCAAUGUUGGAUGCUAGAGGGACUGUUGGGUAUAUAGCACCAGAAGUAUGGAACCGAAAUUUUGGAGGUGUCUCUCACAAGUCAGAUGUGUAUAGUUAUGGAAUGUUGAUUUUGGAAAUGGUUGGAGGAAGAAAGAAUGUCAAUGAAGAAUCAAGUUGUUCAAGUGAUAUAUACUUUCCUCAUUGGGUAUAUGGCCAAAUUGAGUCAGGCAACAAGAUAAUAGGGUAUGAUGAUAUAACGAGAGAAGAAAGUGAAAUUGCAAAGAAGAUGAUCCUAGUGGGAUUAUGGUGCAUUCAGCCCAUGCCAUCAGAUAGGCCUCCCAUGAACAGAGUGAUUGAGAUGUUGGAAGGGAGCUUGGAUCAGCUGUCAAUACCACCAAAGCCUUUCAUAUUUCCACCUACAAUUCCAAGAACGGGAGAGGAAAACUUUGCAACAAAUGGUGUUCUUUCAUUUUCGGCUGAUUAUCAAUGUGGUAGAUAGAAUUAUAUCUUUUUUGUAAAAGUUAAUUAAAUCCUUGUACAUUUGCAAUGGCAUCAUAGAUGUGAAAUUUGUAGUUUGAAUUUCAAGAAUUAUGUGCAGUCAUCAAGUGAA